GGAAGCAGGUAGGUCUGAAAUGGGCAAUUUAGAUAAACAGGUUCACCUAGGAGACGAUUCAGACAAAUUGCCUCCAUACCAUCGAGAUGAGACACUCAGGGGUCCUUGGAGCCAUGAAGAUGAGAGAAUGCAGGAGGAAUUUCCUUUAGACAGCCGAGACGCCCCUCCUUUGGAGCAUGAACAAUUAGAUGAUUGGGAAAGAGAACGAUACUGGAGAGAGCACGACUCUGAUUAUCAUGAUGAUUCUGUAGAUCCCUAUGACAGAGACGACAGGUUACCAUCCCACCAUUCAUUGCCACCAUUAUCUCCUCUACCACCACUACCUCCUUUAUCGUCUGAUCAUGACAGACGAGAUUCAUGGUGGGAUGACUGGGAAAGGCCAAGGGAACGGGAACUAGAUAGAGAUCUGGACAGGACUGGAAGAUCCUCAGAUAUUUAUGAUCAAGAUUUAGACAGAGAAUGGGAUAGAGACUGGGACAUGAGACCUAUGGAUGACAGAGAAAUGGGGAACCGUGACCUGGAUAUCCCUCCUUUGCCACCUUUGCCACCUCUUCCACCUCUGGACAGAUACCGUGAAGAUAGGUGGAGGGAGGAUAGGGACAGGGAUCAUUAUGACAGAGACCUCCGAGAUAGGGGGGAGCUAAGGAUUCGAGAGUAUCCAGAGAGAUAUGACACGUGGCGGGAGAAGCAAGACUACCUUCCCGAAAGGACUGACUGGGAGAGGGAACGAUUGUCCGAUAGAUGGUAUCCAGAUGAUGCAGACAGGCUACAACCUUUGGAUGAUCUAGAGUCGUCCCUUCCUCCACCUUCGCAUUCCUCUGAUAUGCUGGGAGCAGAUUCAAACCUGGACUCUGAACAGUCACUGGGGGGAGUGAUGGUCCUUAGCCAAAGACAGCAUGAGAUAAUUUUGAAGGCUGCCCAGGAGCUCAAAAUGCUUCGAGAGCAAAAAGAACAGCUGCAGAAGUUGAAAGAGUUUGACCCUGACAUUUCAACGCAGGACUCUUCUCGAUCACAGAACUCAGGAACGAGGCCAAGUGCUUUUCAGGUUUCUUCUCAGCUAUCUUCAGAGACACCAGUAGAAGCCCAAGCUAUUAAACCUUCUCCUGCUGUUAUUAUAAAGCCUCCCGUGUUGUUCAGACAGCCCACCCCUGUGACAAGACCAACUGCCCCACUGACAAGGCCAACUACACCUAUGACAAGGCCACAUACUCCAGUUUCUACUCCAACUACAACCCCAAGUCAUGGUCAGUCUUUAAAACCAUCACCUUCUGCUGUGGAACAGGAACGCUGGGAUGAGGAUUCCUUCCAUGGACUCUGGGACACAAAUGAGGAUAAAGGAACAAACAUGGAGUAUGAAUUAUGUAACCAAGAAUCACUGCUGCCUCCACCAGUAUCCUCUCCUGUGAAAGUACCUGCUGUUCACACCUCUGCUGCAUCAGGUGUACCAGUAUCACUUCCUCCAGUUAUUCCAUCAGUUCCUAAAGCACCUAUAAUUCAGCAAACAGUGGAUUAUGGCCAUGGGCGGGAUAUAACCACCAGUAAAGUGGAACAGAUUCCAUAUGGGGAGAGAGUAACUCUGCGUCCAGAACCUCUACCAGAGAGGCAAACAUUUCAAAAAGAGCACCCCAGCCAGCGCGAUCGUUACAACAGAGAAAGGGAUCGUGAGCCAUAUUUUGAGCGUCAAGGUAAUUCAAACACAGAUCACCGGGAUUUCAAGAGAGAGCGGGAAUUGCACAGAGACCGUGGUUCUGUGGACUAUGAACGAGAGAGAUUUGAAAAAGAGCGCCAUCCCCGAGAUGAUAGGGUUCUUCCUACUACACCUACAAGGACUCAGUCUUACCGUGACAAGAAAGACCAUCCCUCCUCCAGGCGAGGCGGUUUUGAAAGACCACCAUAUGAACGAAAGACAGAUCGUCCAACAUAUGAUCAUGGGCCUUCCAUGUUUGGAGGUGAGCGUAGAAAUUACCCUGAGGAAAGGAUUCCUAUUUCUGCUCCAUCAAUGCCCCGUCAGCCACCACCUGCUCCACGAGUGGAAAGAAAGCCAGAAUCUAAAAACGUAGAUGAUAUUUUGAAGCCGCCAGGACGAGAUAGCAGACCAGAGAGAAUCGUAAUCAUAAUGAGAGGCUUGCCUGGCAGUGGAAAGACACAUGUAGCAAAACUCAUCCGGGAUAAGGAAGUAGAGUGUGGAGGACCUGCACCAAGAGUGCUCAGCCUGGAUGACUACUUCAUCACUGAAGUAGAAAAAGAAGAGAGAGACCCAGAUACAGGGAAAAAAGUGAAGAAGAAGGUGAUGGAAUACGAGUAUGAAGCUGACAUGGAAGAGACCUACCGUACCAGCAUGUUUAAAACUUUCAAAAAGACCUUGGAUGAUGGCUUUUUCCCCUUCAUUAUCCUUGAUGCUAUCAAUGAUAGAGUGCGACAUUUUGAGCAGUUUUGGAGUGCAGCAAAAACCAAGGGUUUUGAGGUGUACUUAGCUGAAAUGAGUGCAGACAACCAGACCUGUUCCAAGAGGAAUAUUCAUGGACGCAAGCUAAAGGAAAUCAACAGGAUGUCUGAUCACUGGGAGGCAGCACCACGUCACAUGAUGCGCCUGGACAUUCGUUCUCUCUUACAAGAUGCUGCUAUUGAAGAGGUGGAGAUGGAGGAUUUUGAUGCAAAUAUUGAAGACCAGAAAGAAGAAGCCAAGAAGGAUGCAACAGAGGAAGAAGAGAGUGAACUGGGUUACAUUCCGAAAAGCAAAUGGGAGAUGGACACUUCUGAGGCAAAGCUAGACAAGCUGGAUGGUUUGCGGACUGGCACUAAAAGGAAGCGUGACUGGGAAGCGAUUGCCAGCAGAAUGGAAGAUUAUCUACAGCUUCCAGAUGAUUAUGAUACACGUGCUUCUGAACCUGGAAAGAAGAGGGUGCGAUGGGCAGAUCUAGAAGAAAAAAAAGAUGCAGACAGGAAAAGGGCCAUUGGUUUUGUUGUUGGACAGACAGAUUGGGAGAAGAUAACAGAUGAAAGUGGUCAUCUGGCUGAGAGAGCCCUCAACCGCACCAAGUAUAUAUGAGAAAGUGAUUAAAUGGAAUUUUUGUGCCUUUUAAGGCCGUUUGCUCUGAGGAGAAGUGAACCAAGGUGUCAUGAGCAUCUUGCAUGGGUCAUGUCACUCCCACUUUCACAGUUUUUGUUUCUUUUGUUACUUCAGUUUCAGCAAUUUUCUUGAGAUAUUGGCAGAUAACCAGUGCCCUCAAAAAAACAAAAAAUUCCACUGCUCCUAAGUGAAAGAGACAUUUUCCUUUUUAAUAUUUUUGGAGGGGAGGGAAGGGGAGGGCCUGUAGUUUUAGCUGCUGUUUGUGGGAUAAAGUGGAAGAAUUAGACAGAGGAUGUUAUCUCCACUGUACCGUCACAGAAUGUCUAUCACUUUUGCUUUGUGGCCGUUCUCGUUUUAUACUGUAUGUACCUUGUAGCCUAUUGUAUUAGGAAGCAGAACAAUAAAUUUCACUAUAAACCCA